UCAGUAUGUCACGGAAAAAAUGGGAGGUGCGGAGGGCACGAAGCUGGAUCUGGAUUUUAUGGAUAUGGAAAGGAAAACAGACGUGACUGUAGAACUAGUCGAAGAAUUGCAAGUGAAAACAAAAGAGUUCCUACAGCCGAACCCCACGGCGCGAGCCAAAAUGGCGGCGGUGAAGGGUAUCAGCAAGCUCAGCGGCCAGGCGAAAUCGAACACCUAUCCUCAACCGGAAGGCGUAUUAGGCGACUGUAUGCUUUUGUACGGUAAGAAAUUAGGCGACGAUAGUCAUUUCGGACUGGCCCUAAUCGAAAUGGGCGAAGCACUGAAGCAAAUGGCCGACGUUAAAUAUUCGCUCGAUGAUAAUAUUAAGCAAAACUUCUUGGAACCUCUGCACCAUCUCCAGACCAAAGACUUGAAAGAAGUAAUGCAUCAUCGGAAAAAAUUACAAGGUAGAAGGCUUGAUUUUGAUUGCAAACGAAGGCGGCAAGCUAAAGGAUCGAAUAUUCCAGAUGACGAGAUCAGAAUGGCAGAGGAAAAAUUCGCCGAAUCCCUACAACUUGCUCAAAUGGGAAUGUUCAAUUUACUAGAAAAUGACGUAGAACAAAUUUCACAAUUAGCAACAUUUGCCGAGGGUUUAUUAGAUUAUCAUAGCCAGUGUACAGAAGUAUUGAAGCAUCUAACUGAAACUAUAUUGGAAAAGAAAGAUGAAGCUGCAAAUCGUCCCAAAGUCGAGUUUGUCCCAAAAACUCUGACAGACUUGGCAAUAGAAACGGUACCGGACGGACUAAAUGGUACAAACAAUCACAAUAAUUUAUUUAAUCAUAGUAAUAAUCAUCACAGUAACUCAAAUUUUUUAAGUACCGGCGGUAGCGGCCAUCAGUUUAAGAGGCCCGCGCCGAAAACUAUCCCCAUUAAUAAAAACAACCACAACCAAAACCAACCAUUACCUGAUCCGUUCGACCCCUGGAGCUACCCCCAAGCAUCACCAUUGCCGUCCCCAAUGAAAUCUCCUGCCAGGACACCAAUGACUAGGCAACCAUGUUGUACAGCGCUCUACGAUUUUGACCCAGAAAAUCCAGGAGAACUCGGUUUUAAGGAGAACGAAGUAAUAAUGCUCAUGAACAAAAUCGAUGAGAAUUGGUUUGAAGGCAGCGUAAACGGCCGAACGGGCUACUUCCCAGUAAAUUAUGUAAAAGUGGACGUACCACUACCAUGA